AAAGGCUUAGAUAGUAUGAAAUAAUUUAUGUUUAAAUCAGUUAAAAAUUUUAUAAGAAAUAACUGGCAAAAUUGUUUUCACACUGACUCCGAUAUGAAUUACACACAAUUCGGUUUCUCUACUGCCGCAGCUAGUAUCGUAAUAGGAGCGUUCUUCGUCAACGUAUUCGAAAAAUAUGUUCCUUUCAUUGGAGAGGCAUUUAGAUAUGGCAAAUUCGGAGUUACAGAGAAGUCCACACUCAUUUGCAAUCUUCUUUUGGACUUCCCAAAAUCUUACUUUAAACAUUUUUACUGUGUAGCAGUUAUUUGUUUUACUUAUGGUCUGUAUCAAGCUACAAAUGUUUACAUAUUUGGAAAUGAUGUACCACAACACAUUUUUAAUUUUUUGGAUGCUGUUACUCAGGAAGAUCGCAAAUCGAAUAUUACUGCUACUAGUGUAUACAUUGCGUUGUGUUUGAUGACAUUACAAGUGUAUCGAAGAUUCCACGACACUCAUUUUGUCUCUGUUUUUGGCAAAAACAGCAGAAUUAAUAUCAUACACUACGCCCUUGGCAUGUUACAUUAUCCAGGAGCAGCCAUUGCACUUUUCAGUGAAGCCCCAAAAUUUUCGAAUAAUACUGUAUAUGCCAGCAACGACAUCAACUUGCUAAAACUGACUGUCCUUGAUUGUCUUGCAAUUGCCUUGUUUCUGUGGGCUUGGUGGCACCAAUAUACGACUUCUAAAAUUUUGGCUGACUUGAGAAAAAAUAAAAAUGGCGAAGUAAUUACAAAUGAACAUAAACUUCCGUUUGGAGAUUGGUUUGAAUAUCUCUCAAGUCCACCUCAAGUUGCUGAAAUAUUGAUGUAUACCUCAAUUACUUUGAUUUUGUACAAGAACACUACAUGGUGGUAUGUUUACAUGUGGGUCAUUGUAAACCAGGUGGAAUGUUCUUUGCUUAGUCACUGGUGGUAUGAAAAGACAUUCAAGAAUUUUCCUAAGAAUAGAAAGGCUCUAAUUCCAUUUAUUUAUUAGUAGCAGUUUUAUCAUUUUUUUGUUCACUUUUUAAGUAAUUGUCUUCAUUCCAUAAAUUCACAUUAAAUUUCAUCAAUAUUUUUAUUUUACAAGACUUGACGUAAUGUUAGUAUUCUACGUUUGGUAACAAUGUAACAAAUUGUAGGAACAAAUUUGUUUUUAAUUUUAAGUAAAAUUAAACAAUAAGUAAGUAAGCAAUAAUAUUUUUGUAAAUCAUAAAAAAGUGAUGGUACUAAAACAUUUUGUUAUUUUGUAUUUGUCUUAAUUGUUCUUAAAUUUUCUUUUUCUAUGAUUACAUUUAUAGGAAUGUAUUUUUUUUCCUAAUUUUUGUGUCCAAUUGCGUCUUUUUUAUGAUUUACGUAUGAUUAGUUUUAUAGUAAUAAUGAAUUUUUAUAGUUUCAAUGAUAAACAUUUAUUCACUCACAUUAAAUAUGUGUUAUGUUUGUUUUUCUAUUUGACAAAACUUUAAGAAUAAAUUAAUUUUUAAGUACAUAAGUAAAUUGAUUAAGAUUUUUUUAAAUCAUAAAAGACUGAUGAUUUUGUUAUAUUGUAUUUUGUUUUAAUUUUUGUUCUUCUAAUUGUGUCUUGUUUUCAUGAUUUUUGUAAGAUUAGUUUAAUCUAUUUUGUCUUAUUUUUUCUUCUCUAACUGUGUCUUUUUAUGAUUUAAUUAGUUUUAUAUACAGGGUGUUCCAUAAGUAGGGUACAUAACUUCAGGAGCGUAUUCUGGAGCUAAAAUAAAGGUAUUUUUGUCAUAUACACUAAGUCUCAAAAAUGAUUCAUUACGCAAAUACAGGGUGUGAAAGUUACCUUGUUCGCACGCCACUGGUUAAACGAAAGCCACUGUGUUUACAGUAAAACACGCAACGUUGCUAACUCUCAAAAGGUGCAAAAAUUUAAUUAAAAUAUCUCAAGUGGUUUUGGAAAUAUUUAAAAAAAUUGUAUUUUUUUUAUGAAACUUUCACACCCUGUAUUUCCGUAACGAAGCAUUUUUGAGACAUAGUGUAUAUGACAAAAAUAUCUUUAUUUUAGCUGCAGAAUACGCGCUGAAGUUAUGUACCGUACUUAUCGAACACCCUGUAUAUGUGUUGUUUUUAAUUAUUUUAUUAUUAGACAAAACUUUUUGAAUAAAUUAAUUUUUAAUUUUAAGUACCUAUAUGAGUAAAUUUUUUUAAAUUAGUAAAAGUAGUAUUUAGAUUUUUUAAAUCAUAAAAAACUGAUUUUGUACAACAUUUUGUUGUUUUGUCCUAAUUUUUGUUUAAUUGUGUCAUUUUUUUCUUCUUCAUAAUUUCUUUAUGAUUAGUUUUAUAGUAAUGUAUUUUGUCUUAAUUUCUGUUUCUCUAAUUGUAUCUUUUUUAUGAUUUAUGUACGAGUAGUUUUAUA